CCCCCUUUCCUUCUCCCCUCCUCUCAUUUAAAAAAAAAAAAAAAUCCCAGGGAAAAAAGCCAUAACCCAUUCCUCCUCAAUUCAACAACCCAAUUCUCUACUGGGUCUCUCUCUCUCUCUCUCUCUCUCUCUCUCUCUCUCUCUCUCUCUCUCUGUGCAAUGGCCCCAACUCCUUCUCCAAGGCCAAUCUCAACCCACCAAACCCCGACAAAAACCCCUCAAUCCAGACACAAGCUCAACUUCCCCUCAAUCCCAACCGAGCAUCCAGUAGAAGUCAUCGGGCGCAUACGGAACUUUCCAGAACCCUCCCUCGAGCUCUCGGCCGACUCCAAAUCAAUCCGACUCCGAUCUGACAUCGGAUACCGAGAUUUCACCCUCGACGGAGUUUCACUCUCGGAUGCCGAGGACUUAGAAAAGUUCUAUGCAAAAUAUGUGGGUUCUAGAGUUGAGGGAGUGAGACUGGGGGCCAAAUGUACGAUUAUGAUGUAUGGGACUACCGGGUCGGGUAAGAGUUAUACGAUGUUCGGGUGCCCGAAACAACCCGGGGUUGUUUAUAGGGCUUUGAAGGAUAUUUUGGGGGAGGGUGAAGGGGAUGAUGGAGGUUUUGGGAUUGGGGUUUUUGUGAAUGUGGCUGUUUUAGAGAUUUAUAAUGAGGAGAUUUAUGAUCUCAUUUCGGGGAGCUUGAAUGGCGGAGGAGCUGGGAUUGCGAUUCCUAAAUUGAUAUUUGUGAGACUAGAGGUGAUGGGGAAAAAGGCGAAGAAUGCAACAUAUAUUUCUGGAAAUGAUGCAGGCAAGAUUUUGAGAGAAGUUGCCAAAGUCGAGAAGCGGCGGAUCAUUAAGAGUACCAACUGCAAUGAGAGAAGCUCGAGAAGUCACUGCUUGAUUAUCCUGGAUGUUCCAUCUGUGGGAGGAAGACUUGUGCUCGUUGACAUGGCGGGGUCAGAAAACAUAGAGCAGGCUGGGCAAAGUGGCUUUGAGGCCAAAAUGCAGACAGCUAAAAUAAACCAAGGUAACAUAGCUUUAAAGAGAGUUGUCGAGUCCAUUGCAAAUGGUGAUUCUCAUGUCCCAUUCAGAGAUAGCAAGCUCACGAUGCUCCUUCAGGAUUCCUUUGAGGAUGACAAAUCAAAGAUUCUGAUGAUUUUAUGUGCAAUUCCUGAUCCAAAAGAAUUGCAUAAAACAAUCUCCACUCUUGAGUAUGGGGCUAAAGCUAAGUGCAUUGUACGUGCAGCUCACGUGCCAACUCCUAAAGAAAAAGUCGUUUCUGAUGAAUCCAGCACGCACUUAAGAUCAAGAAUUGUAGCAAUGAGUCAGUUUAUCUACAAGUUGCAAACGGAAAACAAACUUAGGGAAAAAGAGCGUGAUGAUGCACAAAAGGAGCUAGUGAAAAGAGAGGAAGAGCUACUUUCUGUUAAAUCUAAACUUAAAGUCGUAGAAGGAAAUAUAUCCUCCCUAAGAGAAGAGGAGAUUAAGUGUAAGGUUGAGGAGAGGACUCAGAUGUUGAGGCUCGAGCUUAUGAAAAUGGAAGAAAAGAUAUCGCAACAAGAAGAGGAGCUUAGUUCAAUGAGGCAAAGGUUGGAAGAAAUGGAAGUAGAAAGGGGAAAAUCCAAUGGAGAAGCAUUAGUGAAGAGAUUACCAGAACUUUAUAAUGGUGAUCUAGCUAUGGAGAAGUCCAUGGAGCUGGAUAUGGGAGAUUUACCUGUGAUUCAUGAUGUGAGGGAAAUAAAAGAAAAUUUCCAUCAAUUCAAUCCUCAAAGUUUGAGUCUUGACAACGAGGGGAAUGAUAAUGAUACGAGAUUCACAGACGGAGCGUGCUUGAGCACUGUUUUCGAAAGAGAAGAUGAAGGAGAGGAGAAGGGUAGCAUUGAAGGGUAUGAAGUAGAUAAGGAAAGGGUAGAAGAGAUCACUAGACAAACUGAGAGAGAUUCUAAAUUCGGUUUCUUGGAGAAUCCUAAAGAUGCUACAUUUGAAAGAAAAACUAGAAUACAAAAUAUUUUUAGGCUUUGUGGUAAUUAUAGGGAGCUAGCACAACAAGUUACAGUAAAGAUUCCUUCAAAGACUACUGAAGUUGAUAGUGCUAUUUUAUCGCAUUUAUCGGCUGACAUAGAAUUGAAGGAGAACUACAAGCCUGAUGGAAUGAUGGAGGUUUGUGUAAAAUGGGAAGCGUCGAAGGAAUUCACUGGGAAUAUUAUCAAGAAGUUGAAAGUCCUGAAGGAUUCCACUCUCUCUGAUCUAAGGAAAUUGAUUGAAAUACAUGUUGAAGAAAUAAAUAGCAAACAGUCCUUCACAUUUCUCUUACUUGGGGAUCCUUCUGGAGCACCGGUUACAAUAGAAAAGGAAGCAACAAUUCCAGCGUGCAAACUCCCACUUUGCAACAACCAGUUAAACAAUUAUCUUGCUUGUUUGCGUCCGAUAAAGAAAUCAAUUCAGCUGCCAAAUCACACUCCAUUUGGCUCUCUAGAGAAUACAAUUCCCAUUGCUGGAUGCACAUAGAUAUAUAUAGGCUCUGCUAACCGGAGUUGGCAACUUUUUUGUGUGACCGUUUAAAUGUCAUAUACCGUACUCGUGGAUGUAUCUUGUGGUUAUAUACUGCAAGUUGCAAAUAGAUACUCGUAUCAUAUCUUCACUAUUCUGUACAUUUAGUCGAAGAUGUAUUGUUAAUGAUAUCUACAGUUUUGCUACGAACUCCUGUGUUUUGAGUGAGUGGCCUUCUGUCACUGUGUGCAUAUAAUUUCACUCUUGGUAUGUAUAUCCACUGGUAACAUGUGGACUUCUUUUAUAGGAAAACAAGAAUAAAUUUUUUGGUAA